AUGCAGCUCAUGCCCGAGCCGCAUGUGCUUGGCCAGAGUGGAGACCGCAAUAAUCCAUCCCAGUUUCCACUCGGCCACAGCCCACCCUAUUCUUUCGACUCGGCGAGCACCCCGGUUCUUGACAGAUUUCUCUCGCAUUUGUCGUCAGACAACACAGCCCCUUUCGAGGGCUUCGAAUUUCCUUACGGACCAACACCUACACCCACUCAGAACGAUGUAUCAGACAGUGCGACCGCAAUUGCCACGGGUGACGAAACGCUACUCGACAAUUACGAGAACCAAUUUCCAGUGUUGGACACCUUGGACUGGAAUGCACACCAGAAUACUUUGAUACAAGACUGGAUGGCGUGGACACCCAGCUCCUCGGAUAGUAGGAGAGGCAGCAGCUCGUCCCAGUCUAUCCUUGGAUCCCUCCCCACGCGGAUUGUCGCCGAAGACAACGAGGACAAAGUCUACACGGGUCCGAACAAGCCAGCGGCUACCAUAUCGCUUCAGCAAGUACACUUCAGGAACCGCAGACAAAAGAUGGUUGUGGAGAGGGUAGAGAGUCUUCUUUCCCCCGAGAGUCAGCUUUGCAUCUCUUCGCUUUUAUCCGAAGACGGCCCCAGCCGCGAUCACUGUGGCCUAGAUUUGAGAUCGCUUCCAACAGACAGGUUCAUACAAACGACUUUCCACGAGCCAUCUGGCUUGAACACCUUCAUCAAGGCAGCUCUCGUCAGAAACAUACAGGCAAACUUGCAUUCAUCCUCGACACCCUCAAUCCACAUCGAAGACAUAUCAUUGUUGAUCACCACACUUGCUUGGGGUGCCUUGCUGGACCACAACACCGAAGGCCGUACCAGAACAAUGCUGAUAGAUCUCACCUGCGAUGCAUCAAAAGCACUGUGUGCUCAGAAAGAUACGAUCCGAAAGUUCUUGGCUCUCGUUGCUGCACUCUGCUUUGUCGAGAAAGUUGGGUCGAAAAUCAUGUACACCCUGCUCGUUAACAGCGCCUCAACGGCGGCCGCUCUAGGAUUGCAUCUAGAGCCAACUAUCCUCAACCGAUGUGGCGGCGAUGAAGAAGUGCUUCAAGUCCAGCGUGCAAUGUGGAUGCUUUACUGCAUUGAAAAAUCCUUCGCCCUGAGAGUGCAGACCUUUUCCAUCCUCGGCGAUGAUUUCCUCCCGACGGCCACCACUCCGAAGAGUGCAGCGACGGACACGACUGCAUCCAUCCCGUCACCGGACUGGCUGGAGAUCCGAUCCAAAUACGCCAGGAUCUGCUCAAACAUCCUGCAGCUGCGCGGAAGCCUAAAGGGAAACGCAACAAUGGACCGUUCUGGCGCAACGUUGGCACUUGCAGCGGCGCUGAAGGAAUGGUACACGUCGAGCGCCACAGCCCCGAUCAUCUCGACUGCGCCCGAUGGGGCAGGUAUGCGGAUGAAGUGCCAGAUGUUCAACCACUACCACGAAGCACUGCUGCAUCUGGGCAGCUUGAGCCUAUCUCUGGAUAAGCGCUUACCUGCAGGCUGUGAGCAGAGCAAGAACUUGCGCUGUGAAUCCCUCAGGGAAGUAAUCACAUCAUCCAACACCAUUUCCUCGAAUAGCGUCUUGCGAGAUGUGUAA